AUGGAAGAGGUCAUAUGGCUCGUGAUUGUCCUAACAAGAGGUUACUCUGAUGAAAUUUUGUGUGAUAUUGUCCCAAUGCAGUAUGCUCAUGUGCUGUUAGGUGGAAGAAAUACUAUUGAAAUCAAGGAAGGCAUCAAAAGAGGCGAAAUCAAUGCCAUAUUCCCCCUAUCCAAAAUCAAAGCCUCCACCUCCUCCAAUAUCCCUUUCCAUGCCAUUUUCAUCUCAAAACCUAGCAAAGGAAUCACCACAUCAUCCCUCUCUUCUUGCAACAAAAAAAAUGACAUUAAGAAGGCAAUAAGAAGGGGAGACACGUUUAACUUACUUGUCAUUCAUAAGCUUACCACUGAUCUUGAUUCUUCUCUUGUGUUACACUCUGAAUCUUGUUUUCGUAAUGCCUCUAUUAAUGAAUUGCUUGCUGAUUUUUCAGAUUUAUUCCCUAAAGAGAUGCCAAAAGGAUUGCCACCACUUAGAGGGAUUAAGCAUCAAAUCGACUUUGUCCCUGGAUCUACCUUGCCAAACCGACCAGCCUACAAAACCAAUCCCGUGGAAGCAAAGGAAAUCCAGAAACAGGUUGAAGAGCUUCUUGAAAUUGGACAUAUCGAGAAAGCUUGA